AGAAACCAGAAAGAAAAAUGUCACGGGCUGUUCAUACAGUGUUACAAUUCAUCUAUAAAUCUUUGCUUCAAACCAUUAAGCGAGCAAGCAAAACAACACUUGCAAUCCUGAAAGCUUUCGAGUUUAGGAUUCAUGGGUCCCAGAGUUACAGCAAGCUUCUUCGUUUUCAUGAUCUUUACGUUACUGGCGUUGCCACCGAUAUACGCUUGCGGAUACUGCUCACCACCUCAGCACCGCCCGAGAUCGCCAAAAGCCCCCCAUCGCCCACCGUACCGUUCUCACCCACCAUCCCCACCGCAGCAUGGCAAAGAGAGACGUAAAGUGUCACCGCCGACCAACAACUCGCCAGUGCCGCCAGUUAUUGUCCCGCCGAUUAUCAUUUCUCCCCCAGUGAUUACUCCACCUGUAACCAUUCCACCUCCGUCAACCACGUACCCGCCUUACACUGGUAACCCUCCUUCAGGAGGUAGCAGUGGUGGUGGUCUUACACCACCUUCUGGAGGUGGAAGUGGACUUCCAGGGAUAAAUCCUCCACCUUCAACCAGUCCGACAUGCCCGAUCAACGCGCUGAAACUAGGGUUGUGCUUGGAUGUUCUUGGCGGGUUGGUGCACGUUGGAUUAGGGAACCCAGUGGAAAAUACUUGCUGUCCGGUGCUUGGAGGUCUGUUAGAACUUGAAGCAGCUGUUUGCCUCUGCACUGGUAUAAGGCUUAAGCUUCUCAACCUGAAUAUAUACAUUCCUCUCGCUAUUAAAGCCCUUAUUACCUGUGGAAAGAACCCUCCACCUGGUUAUGUAUGUCCUCCUCAGUGAACAUUUUGUUCGCAGAUUUAGCUGGUUUAAUUGUUCUCUUUAUUUUUACUUUUUUUUUUUUUUUUUGGGGGGGGGGAUUUAGUCUCAUUUCUGUUGUUGUAUUAGGGUUAUUCCUUUCUUCCUUUUUUUUGUGCUUAGAAUUACAAGUAGGAUUCUAGGGGAAUAUGGUUCAGGAAUGUCUGACUUAAUUCUCGGCAUUAUUAUUGGUUAAGAUGAAAAAUGUGAGAUAAUGUCUAACCUGAUUCUCGCCAUUUUAUUGGUCGAGUAUCAUCUCUCUC